ACGUCGACGCUUCACAUUGCGGGUUCGGCGACAUACCCACUUCUCCCCCAUCAAGCGGAUACCGCUCUUGCCACAAAAACGACCACCAAAUUUGCCCCAAGUCCAAUUACGCAAGCGGAUGUCGUAGUUUUGCCACCUGCUCCUGUAUCACUUCUCACACCACCCAAUUCAAUCGGACUCGUGGCUUGCUUGCAAGCUGGCCAGCCAAAUCGAGUGAGGAGCUUUACCCAUGUUGAAGGAAACUAUGCUUUGCACGUUGGCAUUCCUCUCUCUAGUUUCCUGUUUCAAGAUAUUGUCUGUUUGUUAUCACAUGAAAUCUUUGUUGCAUUAGGAAGAGAGUUCCACAUUAGCUUGGGAAGAACUGUCCCAGUCCGAGUGCAUCAGGUUGAUUCAGUAAUUGCAAUGGUUCGCAGGAGCUUCAUUUUGUUCAUCAGUCAGAUUCAGCCAGUGAUCUCUUUCUCUGCCUAUGCAUUCUAG